AUGCAUGCGGGUGUUUGUGUUUCAAAUGAAUCUCGUGAGCUAAAAAAAAUUGCUCCCGGAACAGAAGCUGCCGUUAUACUGAUUGGACAGUUAACAAUUUUGGAUCGACCAGUAUGUGCGUUGGUUCGACUGGAAAAACCAACGCUAAUGUAUCCAGAAAUUCCAAAUAUACCUCUACCAGUCAGAUUUGCGUUUGUUUUAUUAAAUCCUCAUGAACAUUUUUCUAAUGAAACUGUUAACAUUGGACGUACUAUGGGUGCAUUAUUCGCUGAUGAAAUCUUUAGAAAAAUUGCUGUAUGUUCAUUAGAGCCUUUCACUAUUGCUGAUGCCGUUGAUGAAUUCUUUGCUCAACUUGUUGCUGUACCACCCGAAGAACCGAUUGUUGAAAAAAUUGAAGAACCGCAUAGUGAAAUUAAACGUACUGGACGAUUUUUUGGCGGAUUUUGGGAGGAUCUUCAAACUAAAGUACCGUGUUAUUUGUCUGAUUAUACGGAUUUCUUCCGUGGUCGAUUGAGUCAAUCAUUCGCUGCAGCAAUAUUCUUGUUCUUUGCAAAUGUUACCUCGAUUAUCACUUUUGGGGCUGUUAUGGAAAAAGCAUUACAUCGACAAGUGGCUGCCAUCGAGAAUAUUUUAUGCGGAGGUAUUAGUGGUGUAUUAUUUGGUCUAUUUUCUGGACAGCCGUUGAACAUUCUAUCCGCAACCGGGCCAACGCUGGUUUUUGAGACAAUUCUCUAUGACUUUUGCCUAAGUUGGGGUUGGGAAUUUUUACCGUUUCGAUUUUGGGUUGGCGUUUGGAUAUCUGUUGUGUUGUUGCUUCUCGUUGCAACAGAUAUGUCUGCAUUGGUUGGUCUAAUUACGAGGUUUACUGAAGAUGCGUUUGCUACGUUGAUAUCUGUAGUAUUCAUAAUUCAAUCAUUUGAAAAGCUCUUUGAAAUUGGAUUGGACGCACCAAUAACUACAAAUCCAGAACUUCGAAAUAGUAUUUCUGAUUUCUGUGUUUUGAUUGCUAUUAUUGUUAUGACGGGGCUUUCUCGAUAUGUUGGCCUGGAUGUACCAGUUUUAGAUAUUCCUGCAAGUUUUCGGCCAACAAUAGAUCGAAGUUGGUUUAUUGAUCCAACAAAUAUUGAAGGAUGGUAUGUAGCUGCAGCAGCAAGUUUACCAGCAGUAUUCUAUACAAUUUUGAUUGUUAUGGAUCAACAAAUUACUGCUGUUAUUAUUAAUCGAAAAGACAAUAAACUUAGGAAGGGCUACGGUUAUCAUUUGGAUUUGUUCGUCAUUGCUGGUUUAGUGUUAAUCUGCUCAUCCCUUGGUUUACCGUUCUAUGUUGCCGCUACAGUUCUAUCUGUUAUGCAUGUUGAUGCUUUACGGUUACAAAGUGAAACAUCGGCACCUGGAGAAAAAGCACAGUUUUUGGGAGUCAAAGAGCAACGUCUAACCGCAGUAAUUGCACAUAUCCUUAUCGGUCUUUCUGUUUUCCUUACACCAAUUAUUAAACUGGUACCACUUCCAGUCUUAAUCGGAGUUUUCCUGUAUAUGGGUGUCGUAUCGAUGCUUGGAUUGCAGUUUGUUCAACGAAUUGCAAUGCUGUUUAUGCCAAUUAAAUAUCAGCCUGAUUAUCCAUGGGUUCGAACUGUACGAAUGAAACGGGUUCACCUCUUCACUUUUGUACAAAUUCUCAGUAUUGUUGGUUUAUUCGCUGUGAAAUAUGCCAAGAAAAUAUCAAUGAUGUUCCCAUUGAUGCUGGUUUUUAUGGUUAUUCUUCGGAUGUUUUUGCUUGAAAAAUUGUUCACACACCAAGAGCUUCAAUCCUUGGAUGAUAUUGUGCCAACGUUCCAAUCUGUUGUCCGGCCAACAAAGAAAGCAAAACUUGGUAAAACUUUUACAGAUCUUUCAUCUUUAUCGUUCUUCCUCUAG